AUGGUUGAAUUAUCAUCAUCUUCGGGUGGUGGAUCGGAUGCAGAGCCUACCGAUCCCAACAUGUAUAUCAUCCCUGGCCCUUAUAGAUGGGACGUCCUUCGUAAGAGGACGCAGCGUGCCCAUAUUUCACAACGAGUGUGGAAUACGGAGCAUGUGAGGAGACUCAAGACCCGGCGUGGGAAACCACAGGGUGGGCCACCUACCAGGGCUAUUCCAGAGGUGGUCACACACUACCUUACACAGGCAGGCUUUAUCCAUGUUGCCCGGAUGCGACAUCUCCAGGAUGUGGCCGGCAUAUUGGGAUUGCCUACUGACGGGAAAGUCGUUACCGGAUCUACAAAUGAGGAUUGGCCCGCUGUUUGUGCUGCUGCUUUUGGCGCGGCUCCACAGGCCAAUGAGUUCCAUCAUUCAGGUGACCUCCGCAUCUCAUUCUUAGAUCGGUUAUAUACCUGGUGGACUGAUCAUGCUGGGGAUCAUGAUCGCGAGAUAUUUUUCACAAAGGCGCAUAUUGCUUGCAUGCUGGGGUGUUGGUUGCUGGCGGACAAGUCUGGAGGUAGCAAUAUCGGUUGUCGGCUAGUCUCGUUGCCGGGGGGAGGAUUUGAUGAGAUUGGUCGUUUCAGCUGGGGAUCUGCGGUUCUGACACACUUGUUCAGGAACUUGUCCGAAGUAACAGAUGCCGGUCGAUCAGACAUGGGUGGUUGCCAUAUUCUUCUUCAGAUUUGGGCAUGGGUACGAUUUCCACCCAUUGCUCCAUCCAUUCUUCCUCAUGCAGAGCUGGGCUUGCAAUAUGGAUGCCGGUUUAAUACGGUGGCAAAGUUUAAACCUCAUGAGGUUGUUUGGCAACCAUAUAUCGAUUAUCAGUGGCUGGACGUGACUCCAGAGCAGCAAUACCUUUGGCUUGCUGUCGGACCCCUUAUUUACUUCCACACCGUAGAGGCAUGUCAACCGGACAGGUGCAUGCGACAGUUUGGUCUGGAUCAGCCCAUCCCGGAUGUGAGCAGGAAGUUGAGAGGGAUCCAUGAUCAUACGCUGCAGGGGAAGGUUGACGAGAACUAG